AAUCUCUUAUAUUUCGCUCCACUUUUAGCUGGGUGCAAUAUAUUCAGUAUAUUCUCUAUGUGUCCACUUCCAAACGAAAAUGUAGUCUUCUUUUGCUGCUUGCUAUUGCUAUACUUUGUUGCUACUUGAGAAAUGAAGGGAGAUCAAUUGAUACACAAAUUGAACCAGAGAAUUCCCAUCAAUGAAAUUUUUGAAGAGAUCGACGAUAAAAGUCUGUUUAUUUUGACCAUCCUCAACUGCCAGGAAAACUUGUUGACUGCUCUUUACUUAAUCUCAAUUGUCAAUCCUUACUAUUCAAAGUGCUUUUUGAGCCAUUUGUUUAAUGGAUUUGAAAACUUGAUCUAUGAACUUCAGACAGAUGAUCUCGAAUUUGAUGAAAGAUUCUACGACUUCUACAUCUCAAUUUUGAGUGCUAAAGAAGGAAAUCCAACUGAUUAUGAUAUUAUAAAAUACAAUUUAAUUACUUGUACCUCAGAUAACCCAAAUGGUCAUCAUACUCUAAACGAAAGCCAGGAGAAUCCUUAUAUUACAAUAAGGGAGUGUCCAAGAUUAAUUGGUGGUUUAGGCACCACUGGUUUAAGAACAUGGGAAGCAUCUUGUUUUUUAUCCAAUUUUUUGAUCAAUCCAAAAAAUCAUUCUUUUGUAACUAAUAUAUUCAAUAACCAAACUGUAUUGGAGAUUGGUUCGGGUACGAGCUUGGUUAGUUUAACACUAUACAAAAAUUUCAGUUCUUUAAUCAAGAAAGUCAUAAUCACUGAUGGCGAUUCUUCAUUGCUCGAUAACAUUGUACAUGGCAAUCUAUCCUUAAAUGAUAUUCAGUUACCUAAUGACAAAAUUCAAGUUCAGAGAUUGCUAUGGAACGAUCCUGAUGACUUUAGUUCAAUCUCUGAUUUUGAUGUUAUAAUCGGGUCUGAUUUAACUUAUGAUAGAUCAAUAAUACCCGAUUUAAUCAAUCUUUUGAAAAAAUCUUUAAACACAAACAAACAAAGAUUUGCUCUAAUAUCUGCUUCAGUCAGAAAUAUCGAAACUACUUUAUUUUUUGAAAAUUUACUUACUUCAAAUAAUUUGUCCUUUAAAAUUAUCGAGAAAUGUUUAAACCCUUCAACAAAUAGUUAUAUAAACAACUCCACUAAACUUUGGUUUAAAAAAGGAACUUUCGAAGUAAGAAUCUAUAAAAUAUAUUCUUCAAAAUGUUCUCUUUAAAAAUAAUAUAGAAAAACAAUUGAUAUCUAACAAGUAUUUAUUGUCCCAAAAAAAAACUAAGUAAACUAAACUAAAUUCCAAAAAAGAGAAAGCAUAAUUGAAAAAAAAAAAUAAACAAUUAAACAAUGAAAGUGAAUCAUUAAAUUAAACAACAAAAUAACAGGAAACAAUGAUGAAUAGGAAAUGAAAAGUUUUUAAAAAAAAUUAAAAACUUUGAAGAAAGCAAUCAAAACAAAAAAAUCAAAACAAAAUUA